AUAAUUUGACACCUGUUGCUCGUUUAGAUCAGUCGUUUGGCGGGGGAGAGAGAGGAUAUCUGCGGGAUCUAUUCGUUAUUAAGCUCAAGACUCUACAAAAAGCGGAAAAACUCUUUCUGUUUGGAUUUCUAGUGUUUCUUAAAGCUUUGUUCUCAUCCAAGAUGAAGGUUUUAAUCGCCUUUGUUGUUGUGGUGUUGGUGGAUGUGGUCGCAUCACAAUGUACUUGUAACACUAUGAAAUGGGCCACAUGUGAUGGAGAACCAUGCCAGUGCACUCUUCAGUUUUCUGAUGUCUUCAAGCAACCGAUUGAUUGUACAAAAUUGGUUCCCAAGUGCUUCCUCAUGAAGGCAGAGAUGUAUCGCGCCAGGACCGGCAAGUCCACGAGAUCGAUUGGUGGGAAGCCGGUAGAAACUGCCUUUGUGGACAAUGACGGCAUCUAUGACCCCGAGUGCGAGAAUGAUGGAAAGUUCAAGGCUAUACAGUGCAACGGCACUGAAGUGUGCUGGUGCGUCAACAGUGCUGGUGUGCGCAGAAGUGACAAGGGAGACAAGAACAUCAAGUGUGAGCAUGCGGAGACCUAUUGGGUUCGCCUGGAGCUGAAGCAUAAGGAGGUGUCCGCUGCUCUCGAUGAAGCCAAAUUGAAGACUGGGAUUCAGAAUGCUCUACUGGAACGUUACAAGUUGGACAAGACAUUUGUGUCGGAAGUAAAGUAUGACAAAGAUGGCCGUCUCAUUGUUGUGGAUGUCAAAAAGCCUAUGACAGACCGUACUACAGACCUGGCCCUCACGACUUACUACAUGGAGAAGGAUGUCAAAGUUCUGCCCCUCUUUACAAACGAACAACCAUUUGAAGUCAGUGUUGAGGGAUCAAAAGUGUCCAUGGAGAACAUCCUGGUCUACUAUGUAGAUGAUAAGGCGCCCACCUUCACCAUGCAGAGGCUGACUGCUGGCAUCAUUGCUCUCAUUGUGGUGGUCAGCUUGAUUGUGCUUGUAGGAGUUCUGGUUCUGGUCUUCCUCACACGGCGACAGAAGGCCAAUUACAGUAAAGCACAGCCCAGAGAGAUGGACACCAUGUCUUAAAGCUAUGAAUGACGUCUCAAGUACUUGAGUCUGACACUGGGAAGUGCCCCAUGCUGAAGCUUGGACCUGCUGUACAUUUGCUUGUGACAUUUUUCAUAUUAGAGCAAUUAAGUGUCUGUUACAUGCGGGGUACAGUUUUUGUUUUUUAAAUGUCUGUUACGUUUUUGCUAUUUAAUGAGGGCUCACUUUCAAUUGGAUCAAAGUUUUAACCCUGUACAGUUUGUGACUUGUAAGUUUUUAAUAAAAUUUGUCUUUUGUGUUAAA